AUGGAGACGGCAAGUUCCUCUGGCUCUUGGCUCUCCAGCUACCUCAUCACAAUCGUCUUCUUCCAGCUGCCCAUACACCUCUCAGGGGACUCCGACAAGUUCUACCUGGCCCCGCUAGGGGGCACAGCCAAGCUGCUCUGCCCCCUCACCCUCUGGUCACUAAAGGAGAUCACCGAGGUGCGCUGGCUGCGGACGCCGACUCCCGGGCCCUCCCAGGUUGUUCACGUGUUCCGGGAGGGGGAAGACCGCGAGGAAGACGUGGUUCCAGAAUAUAAAGGGCGGACGGCGCUGGUGAGCGACGGCCAAAAGGGAAGUGUCACACUGGAGAUCCGCGACGUCGGGCUGGAGGACCGAGGGACGUACCGAUGUCGGGUACACAUCGGAAACCUGAGUCGAGAGGGCACCGUGGUCCUCCAGGUUGCAGUUCUAGGCUCCGACCCUUACAUCCACGUGAAGGGCUACGACGCUGGAUGGAUCCAGCUGGUGUGCAGGUCGGUGGGAUGGUUCCCAAAGCCUUUGGCCGAAUGGAGAGACCCUCAAGGCAAGGUGCUUCCAUUCGAGACCGAGGCCCCUUCCCUGGACGAAGCUGGGUUCUUCGAAACGGCGAUAUCCAGCAAAGUCAGGGACAGCACCGUGGGGAGAGUGUCCUGCACCAUCCGCAAUGUGGUCCUUGGUCAGGAGAAGACCGCAGCCAUGGUCAUAGCAGCCCCGUCUCCAGGAAGGAUCUCCUCCUCAGAAGUGGCUCUUGCUGUGAUCCUGCCUGUCCUGGGGCUUCUCAUCGUGGUGGGCAUUUGCUUCAUCUGGAAGCAAAGACGAUCAAAAGAGAAGCUUCUCUAUGAACAGGUGAUGGAGGUAGAAAGUCUUCUCUCAGACCAUGCCAAAGAAAAAGGAAGGCUCAAUAAGACCCUCAAGAAACUCCGGAGUGAACUGAAGUUGAAAAGAGUGGCAGCCAACUCAGGCUGGAGAAGGGCCCGGCUGCACUUCGUGGCGGUGACCCUGGACCCCGACACCGCGCAUCCCAAGCUCAUCCUGUCUAAGGACUGCAGAUGUGUGAAGCUUGGAGACAGAAGGCAGCCUGUGCCCGACAACCCCCAGAGGUUUGAUUUCGUCGUCAGUGUCCUAGGCUCUGAGUGUUUCACAGCUGGUUGUCACUACUGGGAGGUGUACGUGGGGGACAAGACCAAAUGGAUCCUGGGGGUGUGCAGUGAGUCUGUGAGCAGGAAGGGGAAGGUCACGGCAUCGCCAGCCAACGGACACUGGCUUGUGCGACAGAGUCGUGGGAACCAGUACGAAGCUCUCACAUCCCCGCAGACCUCCUUCCGCCUGAGAGAGCCCCCACGCUGCGUGGGAAUUUUCCUGGACUACGAAGCGGGAAUCAUCUCCUUUUACAAUGUAACCGACAAAUCCCAUAUUUUUACCUUCACCCACACAUUCUCUGGCCCCCUUCGCCCUUUCUUUGAACCUUGCCUUCAUGAUGAAGGGAAAAACACAGCACCUCUAAUCGUCUGUGCAGAGCUCCAGAAAUCAGAGGAAUCAAUUGUCCCCAAGCGAGAUGAAAAAGGCCAUGCUAACGGAGAUGUGGCCCUGAAGGUGGACUCUUCCUUACUGCCCCCUCAGGCACCUGAGCUUCCCCCACACAGGAACGUGUCCCCUGACCUUGGCCCCGCCCUCCAGGGGCUCACGGUUCCUUAUUUUUAG